AUGUCGCUACUGGGACUACCUGCAGAGCUUCGCCUACGUAUCUACGACUUUCUACCCGAAUUGCAGCAAGAUCGCAUUGAAACCGUGACCCCAUAUUCCUCCCAUCAAACACCGUCCAUCUGUCGCGUCAGUCAAAUUUUCCAUCGCGAGACUCUUCCCAUAUACACCGCAAAUUCCCUCUUCUCCUUUCCGAUCGAUGAUGCUCCUGAGACUUGGGCUCGCCAAGUUGAAAGCUGGAUCCUGGCUCUCGGUCCCUCGGCAAUCUCAAGAGUUCGCAGUAUCCAGUUCAGUCAGCACUGGAACAUCACCCAGCCGAUGCGGUGGAUGCGGCAUGUUGGUUUCUAUCUUCGAAUCGAACGCUCAAAGUCAUCGGACAUCUCCAGCCGUACAGGACUUGACCAAUCUGCCGGAUUCAACGAUGCUUGGGCCGAUCACUUUGUGAAGCCAUCGCGAGUUAGUGAUUGGCAGGUGACUUCCGGCACAUAUCCCAUGGCGAGAGAUGCACGAGCGAGGAGACUCCAAAGCGUCGAACUCCUAGCACAGACGACCGAAGCCUACUUCCGAACUCGCGGAGCACAAGAGCAUUCAACGGGCCUCUCGCCCGGCGAUGUCUGGUUCCUCAUGCAAGCAGUCAACAUCGUCGCAUCCCACGCCAUACCGUACUACGACUUCAACGAGUCGGGUAACGAUCGAGGCAGGGAGCCGUGCGAGACCUGGUACAAUAUGAAGUCGGAGCUCGAGCUUCUUGUUGCGCAAACGUAG